GUGAGUCAGUGUAUGUUGUGUGAGUGAGUAAGCGCAUGAUGAGUGAGUCAGUGUAUGAUGUGUGUCGUCGUGACACGGAGAGCCACGGCCCCGCACAAUUUGGAACAAUGACAUUGCGCAAUACAAUGAUGUCAUGCUGUGGUAUGUCAUUUGACUUCCAUAACACCGUGUUUACCAGUGAAUACUCAAAUUUCCAGGCUGCGGUUGAUAAAUUAGUAUCCAAAUAAUAAACCGUGUAUGCAUGAAACCGUGGUUGGCAAGUCCGCGGUUGGCGAGGGAUUCCUGUACCCCGAAUUUUCCCAUACAAAACGUCCUGUCUCGUUUUGUCAUAAUGCACCUCCGAUUAGCACGGUUUGCUACGUAUGAUGCAAAAUAAGUUAAACAUACAUAUGUAAAUGCCCAAAACUGUUUAGCCUGCUUGUCUGAAAUUAUUUUCAUUGAUGUUCUUGUUAUGCACCCUGCUGCUGUCCGUAAUACAUUCGCAUCGCUUAUGUGGUGUCGCCACUGAAAUGUUUAACAUCCACCAUCAAUAUGAUAUUUGAGCAUCAUGUUGCGUGAAUAAAAUGUCAAUCUGUGUCGCACACACACCCCCCUCCUCUAUUCGCUUGGGUCGGGUGGAGGAGGGUCCACGACACGACUCCAUUUAUGAACACGGCGACGUUUUUAACUGCGGCCCCCCAUGUGAACGCGUACGCAAGGUGUCUCAGAGUGUGAGGGACCACCGGCUCGCCGUGGCGCGCGAGUGCCGCGCAAGCCGAUGCUCCGCCUUGCUGGCACAGCACGGGGACUACCUGGCGUUCGGGCCGCCACGCCUCCUCUUGCCGGCUUCGCUGCGCUUGGCCGACACCGGACCCUGCUCCGCGGUGGCGCGCGAGUAUCGCCGGUCGCUCGGCGCCAUCCUGGACAUCGGGCAGGAGUGCGUGCCGCUCUUCGCCUCGCUCAUCGGCAACCACAUCCUGUCAGCAGAAGCUUUGGCUCCUUUUCACAAACAUCUGGUGCCUACGGCCUUCUCUAAUGAAAAGCCGCUGCUGAGAGACGUCAUCCUGGCCGUGGCUGCGUUUGUGAGGAGUCUGCCCGAUCUGUCCGACCUGCGGGCGAUUGCCGAGCGAGUAUUUAAGGACCACUCCAAGGUAACCGAACCUGGGCCCUAAACGAAACCACGUGUGAUUGGAAGGGGAGGGGGGGGUUUGGGUGAACGUGGAGGGGUUAGUGCACGUGGCGAGAGGCGAGUCGUGGUUUGGGCCGAGCGCUGAAGUUUGGGAACCUGACAAAGUCGUUCGCCAGGUUCCCAGCGUUUGUGGUUCGAACCUGGCGGGCUACCCUGGCAAUGAAUGCGGCGUGUGUACAAACUGUGAUAGUGGAAUACGCGCCGUCUUCUUCACCCUGGGUGGAUGUUAAAAGUUCGCUGACAUCGUUCGACUUGAGUGAGGCCAUUGUGUGCUGAUGGUCCACAGUAGUCUCACAGGAAGGGCUGGUGUAAUCCCAAUUGAGUCGUUUUCGGGUCGCUAUCAGCCGCUGUGGAGCAGACAGCACGUCAUGGUUUUACAGUGUAUUACGGCAGUGAUAAACUAUUAAACGAUUUUAAUUUUACCAGGUAAGGUCCACUGAGCUAUACAGUUCUUUUUUUAGAAUCGAUAUGGCCACAAAUGAUAGCUCAGCGAAGUGGCUU